AAAAGCCUGGACAGCUCUCAAUGUGUGAGCAUACUUUCAUUUGGUAAUUGAAAGGUUUGGAGCGCUGGUCACACUAUAAACACACGUUCCAUGGGUGGGUGCCUUGGGAUCUGCGGGAAGUUCAAUCUUUAUUCAACCAAAUUAAUAGUGGAGCAACAUGAUAACUCUUUCAAGCCCAGCAGGACUUCAAUCCACUCCUCUGCCCCCGUAUGCCGAUCAACUAUAUCCUCUGAGUGACAGCAUGGACUUCACAUUAUCUUCUGUAAAAGAUGAGGUGAGCACCAUAUGGACCCCCAAGAUCCCCAAUGUUGAUGGGGUGAGUCCGGACUGUUCUCCGUGGCCUCCUCUGAGAGAGCCUCAGGUCUGGACCAAAGCUCAGGUGUGGCAGUGGCUGCAGCAGGUCACGGACCAACACCACAUCGACAGCGCCAGCUUCCCCUUCCUGAACUUUGACGUGGACGGCCGUCAGCUUUGCAACAUGAGCUACCAGGAUUUCAUCCUUGCCGCUGGAAGCAUCGGGCACAUCCUCUUCUACAGCAUCGCUGACCUCAAAUGGAGUGGUGUGACGGAAACAGGACCAUAUCUUGGGAAGUGCUCUGACCUCAGUUUUGCCUGCAAUAGUCGCGAGAGAGGCCACUGUCAUGCAGAGUGUCCAGAUAUUAGGUUUCCAAUUGAAGGUGCAGGAACAGGUAUCACCAAGACAGAUGUUUGCAGUGCUCCUCAUGAACUGCUGACACCAGGUAUAUCAGCCUAUUCCUUACUUCCUGAGAAAAAAAGAUCAAGAAAUGUGUCCCAUCCCAGUCGUAAAAAUCGCAGUCCAAGGGGUGCCCACCUGUGGGAGUUCAUCCGAGACAUUCUUCUCAACCGCGAGUGUAACCCGGGAUUAAUUCGAUGGGAAGAUCGGACAGCAGGAGUUUUCCGCCUUCUCAAAUCCGAGGCUGUUGCACAGCUGUGGGGCAAGAAGAAGAAUAACUGUCGCAUGAACUAUGAGAAGCUCAGUCGAGCAAUGAGAUAUUACUACAAGAGAGGCAUCCUGGAGCGAGUCGAUGGACAAAGACUGGUUUACAAAUUUGGCAUCAAUGCGGAAGGAUGGAAGGAGUCGCCGAAGUGAUUUUUUUUAAAACUUUUCAAUCUUCAAUCUUUUUUUUUCCUCUUUGGACCUGGUGUCAAAAGAGCGAGUGUUGAGGACGAUGAGUAUCAGUCAGUCUGGCUUGAGUCUAAAAGCGCAGGCUGUGACAUACUCACCACACUCAUUGUAAAAUGAGUGGUAAAGUUCAACCUCUCAAACGCAGGGUUUUGUUUGUUUUUAUCCAUUUUUGUGAGCUGAGUAGAGUCACAAGAAUAUGAGCAAGUUCUUAUUGUUCCUGGUAAUGAAAUGUGAUUCUUCUUUCUACUGUAUUUACACUGAAAAAGAAUUCCUUUUGUUGCAAUGUUUUUUUGUUUGUUGCUUCUUAAAAACUUCUAUCUGAGCCAUUUUCUGGUUAAAACAGGGACAAUGUUAAUAAUUUGUCGCUGUUAUUUGU